AUGUCGGACCCGCACGCGGCUGAGGGGCCGGACUUCUGGAAUCCCGAAGCCGCUGGAGGGCCGGCCAGCGGCAUCGAUCAUGGCCCGGGAGUGGAGGGCAGUCAUACAGCCGCCUCAGAGAAUGAAGAUUUAGAAGACACAACCAUCACCACGCUGGUGGCUUCUGAGCCAGAACCCCCUUCCGCACCCAGCAGGCCACAGAUGGUAUCUCCGGGGAGCCAGGAUGCCACCGAUCUGCAGAAGGCAGUUGGAACCUUGGAGGCUCGGGCCUUGGACCAGGAAUCACUCCCUGCAGACCGGGCCCCAGUCCUAAACAAGAUGGCCAGGCACCAGGUUCCACAGAGGUCUGGAGACAUCGUUAUGAUCCAGUCUGAGCACACAGGAGCUAUAGAUAUUCUCUCUGCUGACCUGGAAUCUGCAGAUCUUCUGGGAGACCACAGGAAAGUUUCCCCACCGCUUAUGGCUCCUCCGUGCACCUGGACCUUUGCCAAGAUGAAGGAAUUCAAAAGCAAGCUUGGAAAAGACAAGAACAGUCACCUGGUGGUGAAGCGGGGUGAAGUCGUGACCAUCCGGGUGCCUACCCAUCCAGAGGGAAAGCGCGUCUGCUGGGAGUUCGCGACUGAUGACUAUGACAUUGGCUUUGGAGUCUAUUUUGACUGGACCCCUGUAACCAGCACUGACAUAACUGUGCAGGUCAGUGAUUCCAGUGAGGAUGAGGAUGAAGAAGAAGAGGAAGAGGAGAUUGAAGAUCCUGUCCCAGUUGGCGAUGUGGAGAGAGGUUCCCGAAGCUCCCUCCGGAAUCGCUAUGGGGAAGUCAUGCCCGUGUACCGGCGGGACAGUCACCGGGAUGUGCAGGCUGGCAGCCACGACUACCCGGGCGAGGGUGUCUACCUGCUCAAGUUUGACAACUCUUACUCCCUGCUGCGCAACAAGACUCUAUACUUCCACGUCUACUACACGAGCUGA